AUGGUUGAUUGGUGCUUUCUAGAUGUUGUGUUGUUGCAGAAGGGUUUUGGUAAGAGAUGGAGGAUGUGGAUUAAAGGGUGUGUUUCCUCAGCAAAUUUCUCUGUUUUCAUCAAUGGGAGGCCUAGGGGGAAAAUUUUUGCUACUCGUGGUUUGAGACAAGGGGACCCCUUAUCCCCUUUCCUCUUCACCUUGAUUGGAGACUCCUUCAGUCGGCUUGUUAAUUUUUGUUGUGAGAGGAGAAUCAUUCAGGGUUUUGCUGUAGGUCGAGAAAGGAUUGUGGUGUCACACCUACGGUACGCUGAUGAUACAAUUAUCUUUUGCCCGGCAUACAAAGGUAAUCUGGAUAGGUGGUGGGCUCUUAUCUCCUUGUUCAUUAAAGGCUCGGGUCUCCGUAUAAACUUGGCCAAGACUUCUCUGAUAGGCAUCAAUAUUGGGGAAAAUGAAGCCACUUCCAAGGUAGACAAAAUUGGGUGUCGGGUUGAGCGAAUGUCGUUUCGUUAUUUGGGUCUUCCUCUUGGAGGGAACCAUAGAGUGAUUGUGUUUUGGAGACAUCUGGUGGAGAAGGCACCGGUGAGCAUUACGAAGGAGAUGAAUAAAAUUGUGAGGGACUUAUUUUGGAGUGGAGCUACCUCUCACGGGUGUAAGAACUUAGUGAAGUGGGAUAUUUCUUCCCUUCCGAUGAAGCUUGGGGGCUUAGGCAUUGGGGCUUUCCCCCCAAAAAACAAUGCCCUGCUUAUGAAGUGGUUGUGGCAUUUUACUCGGGAGGAAAAUGCUCUCUGGAGGAGAGUGAUUGCUAGUAUUUAUGGAGUCGACAAAUAUGGGUGGUUGACAAAAGCUCCCAAAGGAAAGGCAAAAGGUAGACCUUGGUUCGAUAUAGCCAAAAAUCUCUCUGCUUUUCAAGAAAUGGUUGUGUUCAAAGCAAAUCAAGGUGACCGGUUAAGUUUUUGGAUGGACAAAUGGGCUGGAAAUUUGCCUCUUCUGGAUGAAUUCCCGGAUAUGUUUGCUCUUUCCUUAAAACAGAAUGCUUAUGUCAAAGAUUGUUGGAAUGAGGAGAACCAGACCUGGGACCUAGCGUUGAGAAGGGGUCUUUUUGAUUGA